GGGGGUUGGGGCUAGUGUCCGGAGACAAAGAUGGCGGCGCCCGUGGAAGUAGCGGUGUGUACGGAUUCGGCGGGUCAGCUAUGGAACUGCGCUGUGUGGGAGCUGCACUCAGGUACCAGCCUCCACACGUACCGCGGCGGGCAGACCGGGCCCCGCAGCCUUGCGUUGCUCAACGGCGAGCACCUGCUAGCGGGACAGCUCGGCAAGAACUACAUCUGCGCCUGGGAGCUGCAGCGAAAGGAUCAGCUUCAACAGAAGAUCGUAUGCCCCGGACUGGUGACGUGUCUGACUGCGUCUCCUAAUGGCCUCUACGUCCUGGCCGGCAUUGCAGAGAGCAUAUACUUAUGGGAGGUUUCCACAGGGAACCUCCUGGCCAUCCUGAACCGCCACUACCAAGACCUCUCCUGCCUGGCGUUCACGGACGACAGCAGUCACUUCCUCUCGGGUGGCAAAGACUGCCUGGUCUUGGUGUGGAGCCUCCACAGUGUGUUGCAGGUAGAACAAUCUAAAAUGCCCGAUCCCCGCCAUGUGUGGUCUCAACAUACACUUCCCAUCACAGACCUGCACUGUGGUUUUGGGGGGCCCUUGGCCCGAGUCGUCACUGCCUCCUUGGACCAGACGGUGAAGCUGUGGGAGAUCUCUUCCGGGGAACUGCUUCUCUCGGUUCUCUUUGACAUGGCCAUCCUGUCUGUGACUAUGGACUUGGCUGAAUACCAUCUGUUCUGCGGGGGCAGCGACGGGUCUGUGUUCCAGGUUGACCUUUUCUCUUGGCCUGGGCAGAGAGAGAAGACCUUCCGCACUGAACAGGAGAAUGGAAAGUUAUUCAAAGGACACCGGAACCAGGUAACAUGUCUCUCGGUGUCAGCAGAUGGCAGCUUGUUGCUGUCAGGUUCCCAUGAUGAAACAGUGAGGCUGUGGGAUAUCCAGAGCAAGCAGUGCAUUCGGACCGUGAGCCACAAAGGUCCUGUCACCAAUGCCUUCAUCGUGUUAGCCCCUGCCAGCAUGUUCAACCCAGACUGCAAGCCCACCAUGCCCCUGCCCAAGUUCAGCAAGAACCUUCUGGGAACAGAGAGCAGUGAAGGAUCGGGGAAUGAGGCAGUGAUGCUGCGCCUGGGCAUGCAUCGGCAGGAAUCUGAGAAGAGUUAUUUGGAGAGAGCCGAGACGCUGCAUUCUGUGAUGUGUACUACAUUGGAUAAGCUUCUGCCCAGUGGUCUGAGCCAUCGGUGGUCUACACCAGAUCUGCGUGGCAAGGAAAGCAGCUGGCUACUUUCAUCCUCCAGAGUCAGUUGGGGGCCAGGUGGCUGUGGCCUAUCAAAGAUCGGUGACAAUGUCCUGUGGGCACCCGUCCCCUCAUGCCCUGGAAGACCUCCGCAGCUGCUCCUCACAAGUGUCCAGAACUCCCUGGGAGACCAGGAGCAACUGAAAAUCCGUGUGACCGAACUGGAGGAAGAGGUGAACGCCUUGCGGAAAAUCAACAAGGACCUCUUUGACUUCUCCAGCCACAUCAUCACCAAGCCGCCCAAAUGAUUCCCAGCUCCCCCCGCCUGGCCCGCUGCCCAGAAGCCAGCGGCCACACGGCCCCCGGACCUGCAUGGAGCCGAUGCCCGCAGCCCGAGGGCCUCCUGACCGUCACGAGGGCUUGGGGCAGGGCGUUUGCUUGUGGCCACAUCCUAUGGUUUGGGACCAGAUUCUGAAUGCAUGGCCUUCGUGUGACAGCCUGGGCUGUGGGCAGGUGGGCACGCAGCAGCCAACGCACUUGUGGUGAGAGUCUGCCCCAGCGCUGACUCUACAGAAUGCCCGGGGUGGAGAGAGGGGCCGGGCGCCCUGUCACUGCAAGGUCUCCUGGGGCCGCUGGGAACCCAGCUGCAAUGGCACCAACUGACCAAGGGCCUCUUUAUAUUUUUAGUCCAUGAGAUCCUGGAUUUUGAUAAAAGGGCUUUUUUUGGGCCUUCAUUUUCUCUCUUCCCUUCUCUCAGGUGAAGGCCCUAGCUCCCUUCAUUCACUCCCCCAGUCAGUAUACUUGUUACCCCGUAGCCCAAGGAGGAGCAUUCCUCAUGAAAUAACUGCCAACCUUCUCCCUCCCUUCUUCCCCAUCUUUAAUAUUGGGGCAAAGCAAUAGUCAAGCUGGGAGGCUCAGGCUCACCUCCUCAGUGUGACCGAGUGGGAAGGUCCGUGUGGUGGGCUUCGGGGAGCCCUACUUGGUCUCCAUGUAGGUCGUCUGGGACCCUGCCAGACCUGUUUUGUUUUUGUUUUUCCCUGGAGACUUGGUGUUCUUUGUCUCAGGAAACAUCUUUCUAUAUAUACAUAGUUAGAUAGAUAUAGAUGUAAGUCUGUAUCUACCUAUCUAGCUAUGUAUAUAUAGUUGGGGUUUUUUAUUGGUUGUUUUUUAAAACAAAAAAAAGUCAAAAACCUGCGUGGAUAUUUUAUUCUUCCUAGCCUUGAUAUGUGGGCUUUUUCCCCAUUCCCUGUCUUUGCUAAAUCUUCCCAAUUGAUCUGAACAAGCACAUGACCCUUUGGUGAGCUGCUUUCCCCUCAGCCUAGCUCUUACCUAAGGCAGUUUCCAAACACCUCGUUUAUAAACCACCCAUAAUCCUUGGCAGAUCUGGCCUGGUUCACAUGAUUUUUAAUUCUGUAGGUCUGCUAAAAAAACCUAUGGACUUAAGAAACUGAUGAUCCCUCUUUUCCUUCUGCUUUCCCUCAUCCUGUCAGCCCCCGGCUCCAGCUCAUUACAGAGCAUUCUUCUGUUGGAGCUGGAGAAGGUCAAGCAUUCAAAUUGUUUUAGUGGCUCAAAGUCAUUUUCACUGCCUCCUCAUCCUUACAGGAUGGCCCAGUGAGGCAAGGAGGACAAGAUAGGAUUUAGGUUGGCAAACCCAGAUCAAGUGGACUGACUCCUUGAUAUCUUCUCCAAGCAGAGAAGGGAGGGUUAAAUAGCCUGCUAGCCAUCUCACAAGAUAGGGACAUGCUGGAAGACGGGGAGAGGGUUUGAGACCAUGUCUCAGGAGCUCGGUUUGACAGGAAGAGGAAUCUCAGGAGGAAUAGGAUAGGCCUGUCAUGUGGAGGAGGGAAGGGAAGGGAAGUGGGCUAUGCCGAGAGGUAAUGACGGCCCCUUCUCUGGUGCUUGCCAAGUGGAGGUGGGCAAGUGGCACAGAGGGCAUUUGUGCCCCCUUGUUACUGGAGGGUUGUGUGAAUUCUUCUAGGGGCGUUACAUGAGCCAUCCAUCAGCCAGACCCCAUAGGAUUGCCAGGAUGACCAAUGAAUGAAUGGCCCCGUGAAGGUGUUUUGCUUUUUUUAACCACAGCAACUCGCAGGUUCUGCCUGCUAAGACCUGGAAAUCUCAGGAAUAGCCUCUCCAAAGUAUUUAACAAUAGCUGGCAUCUCCUGUAGGACUUUUAGGGUUUUUUAUUGUUUCAUCAUUUUUAGUCAUGUCAAACUCUUUGUGAUUUGUCCUUAGGACUUUAUUGGCAAGGGCACUGAACUGAUCUGCCAUUACCUUCUGAGGCAAACAGGGUAAAGUGACGGGCCCGAGUCACACAGCCAGAUUGGAACCUGGGUCUUGGCUCCAAGCCCAUACCUACUGUGCUAUCUAACUGCCCAACUUGAACGCUUUAUAAAGCUCUAAAGGUGCCAUCUCUUUUAUCUCAAGAGUCCUCUGAGGUAGAUUGCUUUUAUCCCAUUUUACAGUUGAGAAAACAAGUAAUUGGAUUGCCCAGAGUCACACAGCUAGUAUGUGUGAGAAACAGGAUUUGAAUUCAGGUCUUUCUGAUUUCCAAGUCCAGCACUAUUUAUUACAGGAUCCAGCUGGUCAAGUGGACAGAGCAUUGGCUCUGGAAUGAGUCUGAGUGGAUUUAAAAUCCUUCCUCUGAAAUUUAGGAUCUUUGAGCCUGAGCAGAUCCCUUAAUCAUCUAAGAUUUGGUUUCUUUCUGUGUGAACUAAGGAAUCUGGACCAGAUGGCCUCUGAGGUCCCUCCCAGUUCUAUGCCAAGUGAUCAAAUGAGAUAAUGUUUACAGGCACUUGGCACAGUGCCCGCCACAUAGGAGUUACUCAAUAAAGAUGGUUUUUCCUCCUAAAUCUUUACAAAUGAAUGUGAAAAUGGGUCUCAUCAACCAUAUGCUCCCAAAGAAACUUCGUGCGGCAGAAUUUCAAGCCCUUUUCCCACCCAAUCCUGCUCAUCUGGAGAGGUUUUGGCUGGUCAAUGUCUCCUAAAAUGUGACCCGGAGCUGUGUAUGGAUGUAUCCUCCCCAGAUAAUGGCCUUGGCACAGGCACAUGAGCAGUGAGGGAAAGGGGUCCCUGGGAAUAGGAGGCAGGCUGACUGCUCAUGGGGUCAUGGGGAGGAGGUGGAGCAGACUGGCCCUAGGUCCCAUAGGAGCUCAAUCCAACUAAGAUAACCUAUAAUUCAAUGAGAAUCCUUCUACCUUUGGAAGAUUCCAGUAGAGGGAGCCCAAUGCUGCUUGAAUCUCUGUUAGAUAAUUAGUUACUCCUUUUAUCAAACCUAAAUUUGCUCCUUUCCCCUUUGUUCCAGCAGAAUAAGUUUUAAUUCCCCUCCCACAUGAUCACCCUUAAGAUGCUUGAAGACAGCUAUCCUUGAGUCUUCUCCAGCCUAAAUAGGAAAUUCCAAUUCAGUUCAUACACAUGUAUGAACUUCAGGCCCUUCACUGUCUUGGAUGUCCCCCACCUUAAUAGCCUUCCUUAGCUGGGACAUUACAGGUAUUUGUGCCCUGAGACAAAGCUCUGAUUACUCUGUCCUAGUUACUGUUCUCCAAUCUUCAAUGUAGUCCAAGGUCAUAUUAGCUUUUUGACUGCCUUCUCACACUGACUCAUUGCCAUGUCAACUUGAUUUAACACUUGUGAAGGUGAAUUUUGGAACCCAAUUUGGAGUAUUUAUUAAAUUUCAUAUAUAGCACAAUAUUCAGACCAGUGUUCUUGCCUGCCAAGAUCUUUAAUCGUGAAUGUCAGCUACCCCUCUCUGACUUGCCAUGUAUGCAGAUUGGACGUGGGUGCCUUCUAUGACUUCCCGAGGCAUUGUGAAUGUUAAGCAUCACCAAUACUUGAGGCACCCUACUAGAGAUCUUCUGAGGUGACACUGAGUCAUUAAAUGAGUACCUUGUUACAACCAAUCCAAAUCCCAUGAACUAAAUUCCUAACUUGCACCUGUUUUUUCUCCAGACUUGUAUGAGAGAUUUUGUUACUAAAAUCCAGGUGAUCUAUUGUCUACUACUGCACUCCCCUGAUUAAGCCUAGUAAUCCUGUCCAAAAGAGAAAUAAGAUUAGUCUGACAUGACCUGCUUGACAGAAUCAUACUGGAUUUGUCUUUUUCUACCUUUUACUAUUUCACAUAAGAUUUUUGCCAAGAAUUAAAGUCAAGCUCACUGAA